AUGGCCAUGGAUAAGGCCUUGGUGUGUGUGAGGAUCACUCUCCUGCUGCUCUGGUUUGGGGUGUUUCUGCUCCUUUCUGGAUCAUUCUAUGUUGGGCACUCCCAACACCAUGGUCCUCCAGAAGUGGUCAUACCCUUGAGGAUAACACACACUGGCAGAGGCAUGAAGCCUCCUGGCUGGCUCUCUUACAGCCUGCGUUUUGGGGGCCAGAGACACGUUCUUCACAUGAAGGUCAACAAGCUUUUGUUCUCUAAACACCUCCCAGUGUUCACCUACACAAACAAGCAUGCUCUCCUGGAGGACAAGCCUUUUAUCCAAAAUGACUGCUACUAUCAGGGUUACGUGGAGGGGGUCCCAGAAUCCCUGGUUGCCCUCAGUACAUGUUUGAUGGGCUUACAAGGAAUAUUACAGAUAAAUAAUGUUGUUUAUGAAAUCAAGCCCAAAAGUCUUUCUACCUCAUUUGAACAUCUGCUAUAUCAGAUGGAAUAUGGAGAGACAGAAUUUCCACCCAGAAGAUGUGGAUUAACAGAUGAAGAAAUAGCACGACAACUGAAGUUUCAAGAAAGUGUUAAUUACACUUUGAAGCAAAGUGGGUAUGAAGGCUGGUGGACCCACAGGCGUUUCCUUGAACUGGCAGUGGUGGUAGACCACAAUCGAUAUCUUCAUCACCAAAGUAAUACCUCAAAUGUGCAGUAUGAAGUAUGCCUUGUUGUCAAUGAAAUAGGGAACUUUUUACAACUACUGGAUGUUAAUGUGGUUUUGACUGGAAUCGAGAUCUGGUCUAAAGAAAACCUCCUUCCAACAGAAAACAUACAUAAUCUCUUGGAAGAAUUUUGUCAAUGGAAGAAAAAGAGUUUUAAUACCCGCUUGCCACAUGAUAUUGCACAUAUUUUUGUAAAGAAAAAUUUUGGUAUCCUACUUGGCUUAGCCUAUGUUGGAACCGUAUGUCAACAACGUUAUAAUUGUGGAGUUGAUAGUUUUAUGGGUGAUAAAUUGUAUGAUUUUGCAUAUAUUGUGUCACACGAGAUUGGUCAUAAUCUGGGUAUGCAACACGAUGAAAACACAUGUAAGUGUGGGGCUAAAGCAUGCAUAAUGUUUCCAAGUAAAUCUCUGGCAACUCGAUUCAGCAACUGCAGUUAUGCUGCAUAUUGGAACACUGUUGCAAAAAUAAAGUGUUUGCACAUUUCACCAAAUCCAGAGAAUAUCUUCACACAGACACGCUGUGGGAACAGUGUGGUUGAUGAAGGAGAAGAGUGUGACUGUGGUUCCAUGUAUAUGUGUGCAAAAGAUCCCUGUUGUCAGCCAGACUGCACUCUGAGACUUGGGGCUACUUGUGCUUUUGGCCUUUGUUGCAAAAAUUGUGACUUGAUGCCAGCAGGUUACAUGUGUAGAAAAGAAGAAAAUGAAUGUGAUCUUCCAGAGUGGUGUAAUGGGACAUCCUAUCAGUGUCCAGAAGAUGUGUAUAUGCAGGAUGGGACCCCUUGCACAGGUGGUGGUUACUGCUAUGAAAAGAGAUGCAAUAACCGCAAUGAACAGUGUAGAAAAAUUUUUGGCAAGGAGGCCAGGAGCACAAACGAGACUUGCUACAGGGAAGUGAAUACCCGAGGUGACCGUUUUGGUAACUGUGGUCUCACAACCACUUCAUAUAUACAAUGCAGAAUCCCAGAUAUCCUGUGUGGGAGGAUUCAGUGUGAGAAUGUGAGAGAAAUUCCCCUCCUGAGAGAUCAUUCUACUGUGCAUUGGACUCACAUCAAUGGAGUCGACUGCUGGGGUACAGACUACCAUCUUGGGAUGACCAUACCUGAUAUUGGUGAAGUGAAAGAUGGUACAGAGUGUGGUAUAGAACAUAUCUGCAUCGGAAGAAAGUGUAUUUUUAGGCCCAGUUUUGAAAGUGGUUGUUCACCUAAGAUCUGCAAUAUGAACGGAGUCUGUAACAACAGACAUCACUGCCACUGCAACUCCGAGUGGGACCCACCCAAAUGCCUGGUAAAAGGUAGUGGAGGCAGUGUUGAUAGUGGCCCACCCUCUGGCAAAAAGGAAGAAAACGUGAAAGGUAGGCCUACCUUCACAGUGGACGCGAAACAGCCGCUCUCCUCAGAACUCAGCCCGCGGUUUCCCACCGGAAGUUACACUUCCCGCUCUCAGGUUCUCGCGCUCUUUGACGGCAGAGCUCGCGGAAUUGGUUACGUGAGUAUGGAGAGCGAGAGGUCCCAAAAUCUGCAGUCCGCAAACUGGAAAACCGAAGAAUGA